CCACGAAAGAGAUACGAAAACCAGUGCACUGGCAGAGCUGUCGUUGUCCGGAGGGAUCCACUCCACUCGCAAUUUUUUAUUAUUUCCACUAAUUCUCUCAUCUCUCGAAAGCGGUCGCGGAAGAUUCAAAACAAAAGUGAGAAAAAAAGAAUCGCGCUUGAAUGAUAACGAAAAAAAGCGUAGGAAUAAGAAAAAAAACAAUCGGGCGUUGUUUUAAAAAAUUUGUGCAAUUGUUUUUCGUUCGGGUCGACGAGAUUUUCGACGGUUCGGCACACGGCAAGUGUUGAUCCUGUGAUUCGUGGACUUAUAUUGUGCUCCCGCCGGGUCGAAUUUGAGGAAGAAAAACAAGUACUGCGGGGGAAUUAUUUGUGCGUAACGGUGUUGUGUAGAUUAGAAAUUCGGAAGAGAUAAAGCUGAACACAUCUGCAAUAAAAUGGAGUUUGUUCCAAAUAAAGACGACACUAAAAUGGUCUCCAAAGUAAUUAGUUUUGAUGAGGUUGUUAAAACAUCAAUUGAAACAUUCCGGAACACAUUCGGCUCGGAACCGGACAUUGCCGCCUGUGCACCGGGCCGUGUCAACCUGAUCGGGGAGCAUGUGGACUACAACGAUGGUUUCGUCCUGCCAAUGGCCUUACCGAUGGUGACGGUGAUUGUUGGUAAGAAAAACUACACCGCGUCUACCUGCGAUGUCCUUACCUGCUUCGAUGGAAUCCGAGAGGAGAAACGUGCUCAGUUUGAAAGCACCAGCAUUGCCAAAGGCAAUCCAAAAUGGCUCAACUACGUGAAGGGUGUGAUGUUCCACUUCGGUCAAACGGUUCCCGGCUUCAACGCAGUCAUACAUUCCAACGUUCCCGUUGGUGGAGGCCUUUCAAGCAGCGCCGCCUUGGAAGUGGCCACCAUAACUUUCCUGCAGCAAUUGACGGCCCGCAAAAUCGAAACGGACAGCGAUAAGGCCCUGAUUUGCCAGAAAGCGGAGCACACGUUUGCAAACAUGCCCUGCGGUAUUAUGGACCAGCUUAUCUCGGUGUGUGGACAAAAGAACCGGGCACUGUUGAUUGACUGUCGAUAUCUAACCACAGAGCUGAUUCCAUUCGAAGUAGCAGGCCUAGCAGUACUUAUUUGCAACUCCAACGUCAAACAUGAACUUUCAUCCAGCGAAUAUCCCGUCCGACGUAAGCAAUGUCAACAAGCACUGGAACUGAUGGGACUCAAGAGCUAUCGAGAUGCCACAGAGAAGAGCCUUGAAGCACUGAAGGGUGCCGACGAGGUGUUGCUGAAAAGGGCCCGCCACGUCAUCACCGAGAUCAAGCGCACAACCGCCGCAGCUGACGCGCUUCGAGCGAACGAUUUCGAGCGGAUGGGAAAACUAAUGAACGAAUCGCACAAAUCUUUACGGGACGAUUUCAACGUUUCCUGUCACGAGCUGGACAUCCUGGUGGAGGCCACGUUGGGCGCUCCCGGUGUGCUAGGAACUCGAAUGACCGGAGGUGGAUUCGGGGGUUGUACCGUGACAUUACUUAACAAGAGUGCCGUCGAGGAUGCCGUCAAGGAAAUCGACACGAUUUAUUCGCGCAAAGUCGGGGGGAAAUACCGGGCUCGAUUCUACCUGGCGGAACCAUCGGAAGGUGCCCGGCUGAUCAAUUUGGAUCACUGCUGGCGAUGAACGAUGGGAAAUUCAUUGCGUGGGAAUGAAGUAAGUGCUAAAGUGUCAAAUGGUUAAUUGCAUCCGUGGUGGAAUAGACUAUAUAGUUGUGUAAUAAAUUGCUUCUGUCUGAAAUGAU